UUCGGCUCAGGGUUCCUCGGCCUCUGGCAGCACGCCGGACCCACCUCCUCCUUCAUCCACAUCCUCAUCGCGUGCGCAUUUCUGGUUCCCAAGCUCAUGAUGGACGCCAGGUUGAUACAGGCCGGCUUUCUCUCCAAAGAAAACAUAUGGAAGACUGACUUAGAUAUACUGUGGUCUCAUAGAGACCGAAUGGUGAUGUUGAGUUUUAUGACCGCGUCGCCAGUAGUAAAUUCAUCAUUUCUAUCAACGGCCAUUCCGACAACGGUCUCAGCGCCACGGAGACUUGCCGUGUCAUUAGGGAUCGAUCAGCAAAUAAAUGAGACGGGGAUCUGGGGAACGCUCUCAGCCGAGUUUUUAAGCUACGCAAUCGCUCUGUUCGUCUACGCGGUGAGAUACCCGGCCGUUUUCUGGAACACCAACAAGUGGUUCAGCGUCCUCUUCUCGUUUCAGUUGUUCGUCAACGGAUUCCAAUCCAUUCUCCUCUACACCGGUGUUUCCAUCCUCUACAAGAUCCACGUUUUGGGUCCCUCGGAGAUGGUGUCACUGGUGCGGCACAUCGCGGGGCGAGCGGGGCUGGGCUCGCGGCUCAAGAGCCCUUUCAUUCUGAACACGCACGUUACUCUCGCAUUGUUUGCCAUGUCGACCAUCCUCCUUCUGUUUUCAAGUCAUGUCCUCUACCUCUACGGCUACGGCAGGUUCAACGCGUUCCUGAACCGGGAGAAGGCGCGGCAGGUGAUCAGCAUCCGGGAGAGCGACUCGAGCCGCGGGUGGGGCUACUUCACGCACUGCGCGGCGCUGAGCGUCCUGCUGGCGGUCGUCGUCUGCGAGGCCCCGCUCGUCUACGACUUCUCGCUCGUCUACCGCGGGAGCCUCGACAUCGCCGUCCUCGUCAGCGUCCUCGGCGCCAUCCUCCACGUCUUCCUCUGGGUCCUCCUCUGGCUCAUCCUCACCAUCAAACAGGAAUGGGUAUUCAAAGUGCGAGUGACGAUAGGGCGAGCGGCGGUUCGGUCGGCCAAGUCGAUCAAGCUGGUGACGGACGUGGAUCUGAUCGCCUCGACCGCGGAGGGCAUGGACGCCCCGCUCCUGGUCGUCGGCGGUGGAACCACCUACACCGUCACGGACACCUCCCCCAAAAAAGCAAUCAUGAGUCUAGUCAAGAGUGCCAACUCGGAAUCUAACGACAAGAGUCCAGGCAAACCAACUACUUUAACAGAUGAUGGCGAGGAGCAAAUCUACUGGUUAAGGCCGAAAUCCAGAACGCCAAAAGGAUCUCCAGAUUCUGAAUCGUCAGAUCGGAUGGGUUGGCUAACCAAUAAAUCCUGCAGAGUUGCUGUUGACUUCAACCAAAAAUCUGAUGGAGAGGUGGGCAAGAAGAAAAACCGUCAGUCAGGUAACUUUGAUGAUGACGGGGACUACGCUCGGUUAAGAGAACUUCCGCCAUUCAAUGGAGUUCCUGCUCCGACAGAGCAGAGUGAAGACACAGGUUCCGAGGACAAUAAGCUACUGGACAGAGUGAGGGACGAAAGUGUAACGUACGCGUCUAAUAAGCAUCCCCAGCCGCACCCAAAGGACUACGAGGAUCCAAGCCCCCUCCUCACUCCAGAACCGCAAGACGAUUACCUACCUCCCCCUCCCCCCAUAUCACCAGAACCAAACUCACAACAAAACACGAGUAAUGAUUCACAGGGAUUACCACGGUGUUUGCAGCGAGCAGAUUCAGGUAUGGCACAAGAAGAGCUGACGCCCCGCUCGGACUCGAUCAGUACAGUAGGGUCAGGAGGCUCGCCACCCGACUGCAAUGGCUCCAAUAGCGAGAGCUCCAGCGGUGUCCACUCCAACUCCAGCCACAGCAGUGGUAUCGGGAGCCAGGGGGACAAGAACGGCAUCGGCAGCUCAAGUGAGGCGGUGCACCGAUGGAAGGCUAAUUCUUUGCAGAACAAGCUCCAGGCCAUGAACAACAACAUGAUGAACAUGGUCAACAGCCGGCACUCUCUCAACGAGCCCCUCUACAGCUCUGGAGUCUACCGGCCGCAACAGAUCUACGCAGCCACCAACAAGGGCGCCCCUGUCAUCAAUGAGGUUGCUGAGGAAAACACAGUGGUAAUCAGGCGGAAGCCGAUGAUCAGGCCAAAAACAGCCGAGAUCUACCAGCAGACGGGGCCACGCGAUGCCUUCGGACGAUCGACAAAUAUCCGUCUCACAUCGUUCAUGGACUUGCCAGACUCGAAAAAAUCAAUCUCCACCAUGCCGCACUUCCCAACGCAGCCGAUGGGCGUCUCAUAUCCAGUUUGUUCGACGAUGCCCCUGCCCGCGCCCAAUCACCUGCACGCUACAGCUCACCUCGACGGAGGUGUCAGCUACAGCUCGUUUCCCCGACCGAGGCAGCAUACCACCAUCCCGGUCCACCACAAUGGCGUUCGCCUCUUCAAUCCCAACUCCCCUUGCAAGAGGAUCCUACCUCAGUCUCAGUAUCAAGUUAAGGCUCCCCUUAGGGAGAAUGGUCACAGCUGCCCUAUGUCUAACUACUCACACAACCAUCACACCUUCCCGCAGUUACCGAUAAAUGUUGAGUCUGCUACAAUGCAGCACGACUCCAAUCAUUUUAACUCCCUUGUCAAAAUCGAGAGCACAGCAAGGUCGUAAAUUGACGUGAGAACGGUGAUCAAAUGAACUUUACUCUUCAAUUGGCGACUACAAUUUCAGGCUCAUCCAUAAAAACAAUUACAUGUUUAGGGAAACUGAUGGAACAUACAUUGCUCUUAAACUGAGCUAGAUUUUGUAUUUCCUUAUUGCAAAAUGUAAUCCUAUGAAUAGAGGUAGCAAAGGGUGGGGAAUCACGACCAGGAAAAAUUCAAUGAAGCUGAACUCAGCAUAAAUUUCCGUGGUUUGAAAAGUCGAAAGAAUUUUGAGGGCAUUUGUGUAGAAGUAUCUUGUUUCUCCACACUCUGCUUUGUUUUGUAUUGUUGAGUAGAAUAAGAAAUUUAUGAGAGGUAGGUUCAUGCAUCUACCUUGUGCUUUUUAAGACUUGUGUAAAGACUGUACAUUUUUUACCUUUUAUUUUAAAGAAAAAAGAGAAGAUCACUCGGAGAACCUUUUGCAAUAUUGACUGAGGUUGCAUUGUUGUGUUCUAAACUCUAGUAACUAGGGGACUCUAUUCGAAAAUAACCCACUUUACAAUUUUAGCACUUGGUAUUUGGCUAAACUUCUGAGCUUUUCACCACUUUGCAUUAAUAUUAGAGGUCCUAUCGAUGAUACCUUUAACAUUUUGAGAAAUUUCAAUCAAAGAUAUCACUUAGUUACAUCAUUUUUCAAUUUACAAAGUGAAAAUCUAAAACACAACAAUACAAUCAGACUGGUAUUGCUGAAUGACAUCCAAAUGAAUGAUUUUCAGAGUACGAUGUGUAAUUAAUCUAGUCUUUUACUUCCCUUGUAAUUGUAUGUUAGAAUUAAAUAAAUAUUUGUAUUUUUAACGUUAUCUUUUUCAGUCAUCCGCAUUUGAAAAAAAUUUAAGGAGGAAAGGAAGAGAGUUAAUCUUCUUUGGUCUACAAUGAGUGAUUGCUUGUGAGAAAUUUCAGAGUAACAGACCCAUUUAGUUGAAUGAUGAUUCAUUUUUUACUCCAGAAGUUUUUAAAUUGGUAGCAGAAUUAUUUUCGACUAACGAUCUUUAAGUAUCAAAAUGGAGACUCUCAAUACCUUUAAUUAGAGUCUCACGGCUAAACUAAUUAUUGAUGUGAUCUAACCCUCAGUCUACAUGGGUCAGGUGAUCUUUUUAAUUGAAUGGCGUAAAAAACUUUGGUAAAAUUUCUUCAGUUUCAGUGGUUUAUGUUCUCUUGCACAAAUGAAAGCUUCAUUUUGUGAAAUUAAUUGUGAUUAAAAUUGGAAAGGUCUUCAGAGUGCCAUAAUUUUUUAUUAGGUUUUCACUACUUUUUGUUUGCAAUUGGGUGCUAAUAAAAAACUGCCUCUAGAGAAACCCUCACCAAUUCUUCCUUUGUGAACGCCGGACAGGUUGCAAAAGAGAGGACCAUUCCUCUUUUAGAUAAUUAAAACAAUUUGGUCUUGUCUUAUUAUGUGUUAUUUUUUACUUCUUUUGUAAUUAGUUUGUACAUACAUUUUUUUGUAAAUAUUGACUGUACUGAAGAGCACUUUUCCAAGAUUAGUGAAAAAUAUUUGGAGAAAUUCUGCACUGAAAAAUUUCCUCAGCUCAGGGAAGCAGUAAAUCGACCGAAAAUUUGUAUUUCAGCCUCUUUCAAAGAACAAUUGUAUGAUUACAUAAGUAUGAUUCAUUCAAUCACUCACAUUUCAAUGCUUGACUGCCACAUAUUGAUCUGUCUAUUUUGGUGUCUCGUAGAAUACUUCAAGGCUUUUUAUUUCUAUCUAAAGAAGAGCAAACCUAUAUUUUUUGCUCACUAUCUUUCAAUUUAUAAGUGAAAAAUAAUUUCUUGUGUUGUACACACAGCAUUACUAAUUGGGCGGAUUGAACCAGAAGCCGCCUAGAACAGUGGCGUGGUGUGAAUUGCUAUACAUCGAUUGAUAUGUAAUUUAAACCUAUGGUAAAGAAUCGAUUAUUAAAGUGUUCGCUGCGAACACCCUGUUUAUCGAUCCUUUUCCAUAGGUUUAAAUGGCAGAUCAUUCAAUAUAUCGCAAAGCACGCCAUGCCACUGGCCUAGAAGUACAUCAGACAUCACCAAAUUUCCUCUCAAGUUUUUUAUUUCUUAGAUAGAAAAUUAGGGAACAUUCCCCUUUGAAAUUUUGAGUGUAUACUCUGUGUAUUUUAAGGAAUAUUCACAGAAAGGCUCAAGGCGAUAUGUUUUUAAGUUUUCUGUUAAGAACAUAGAACACCAGAGAAAAUGAGGCAAGGUGAAUAGGACUACAUUUUGCAACGAGGAAUUACAAUCUCUGGCUCAUUUUAGAAACAACAUACGUGCCAUUACUUUCCCCAUGCAGAUAAAUGUUUUUUACAUAUGAGCCAGAAAUCUUGAUUCCUUAUUGCAAAAUGCAGUCCAAUUGCAGUUACACUGAUUUCAGAUAAAUCCGUCACAUUGUAUGCAAAUGCAUACUAAUUGGACUUUAAUUUGCAAUUGGGAAUUGAAAUUUCUGGCUUAUCCGUGAAGACAUGUAUGAGCAUAGGAAAAGUAAUGGUACUCACGUUGUUUCUAUUCCCAGUCAGUAAUUAUAGUUCUUAAUUGCAAAGUGUGUUCCAGUUCUUGUUGGUGAAGCAUUGAGUGUUCCGUUAUAAGUUUAUGGUAAAAUUAUUAGAGACUGCACAUUUUUGCUUUUUUUUUUUAAAAAAAAAAAAAAAAAUAAGAUAACGCUAUAUUAAAGAAUUAAAGUGACCUCUUGUCAUACCUUACAAAUGCAAUUUUAUAAUCAUAUAAAAACAUGUAUUGUACGUAUCAUAACUUCUCAUUGUUUCUAUGGACUUCUCACUGUCAGCCUAUCAGUCUUACACUAUGGGAACUUUGAAUUUAUUCUUAGUGAGAGAGAUCUCUUUUUAUGAAUUCAGGAAGUUAACAGUCUUUCUUACCUCUAAACUUAAUCUUUCCGAGAAAGGUAUUUCAAAAUUUUGUUAAAUGAAGGGCUGAUAGACAAAAUCCAUUCUGAACCAUUUUUGCAUCUAUCUGUCCUCCAGAAUUUCAUGAAUGAAACAAGUAUGCACACCAAGGAAAGUAAAAAAUCAAUGUCUGCGCUCGAUGACAGCAAUUAUUGGCAACAAGUUGUGCAUAGACGAUUAGAUGGCAUCAUUUUUUUCGUGAAAUUAUCUAUUUUAUUGGUCUCAGUCAAGAAUUUCCUUUAACCUAUUAUUCUUUGCUUUGGAAAAACUGUCCCAUGUUCUGCCAAAAAAUUCUUUCAGGCAAAGGAAAAUUUAAAAAAAAUCAUUUAUUCAAAAUUUGUCUACAGCCUGAUUGCGAAAAACCUUCAUAAAUACGUAAGAAGAAAAUGGAAUGAAAAUCUCACCAGCACAUUGAAUGACAAGCCGGAAAUGACUGUUUCUAUUCAUUGUUAACAUUCCAAUUUGUCUCUUUAUCACUUCUCUUGUACCUUGGCAUACCUAACCAUUUCAUUUCUUGAAAAGUUCCACAACUUUUUAUUCCUUCAUAAAAUCAGCCAUUGACAUUCUUUUAAUCCUAUAAAAAGUAAAGAGGAUUUUCUCUUUCAUUAUAAGAAUUAAAAAUGAGAUGAACAGAGGUGAUUUCCGAAGAGUCUUUUGUUCCUUCUAUUUACGGAAAGGAAAUCUAAUUUUUUUAAGCCACUCUCCAUUGAUAAAUUUAAGUUAACGCACAAAAUAGUAAAGCGAACAAUAAAAUUUACCUGAUUUAAGAAUCUCAAAGAAUUACCUACAUAAGAAAUAGUAUUUUUUUAAUCUUAGUGCAGUUUAUUUUUACUUUUGUAUUUUUACAAGAUUUUUUUAGGUAAGGUAUCUCAAGAAGAAAGCAUUUAACCAAGAAAAAAAGGGCUAAGGUUAUUUUAUAAUUUUAAGUGCUAUCAGAAACAAAUUAGUUAUACCU